CAUCCGUACAAAUUUUCCAUAUCGCUACUCCGUUCUACUCCUACCCUCUCCUCCGCAUGCUGAUCGGAACUUUCACGUUCCGUACGAAUCAUAUGACCUGCUGUAAGCACAUUCUUUCUUCCCUAACUCAAAUUUCGACUUCCCCGUUCAACCAUUUCUCUUCCUUCUCUUCUCAUUUCACCCUCUUUUUCUUUCAACACCCACCAAUGUCUUCAUCUUCUCCAAAAAUCGUCGCUGAGUAUGCUAAGUCCAAUCGCUCUACAUGCAAGAACUGCUCCAAAACGAUCCCUGCGAACACGCUGAGGUUGGGUUUUGUUAUCAGAGAUGGGCGGGGAUUUGACAUGACCCCCCGCUGGUUUCAUUCUGAUUGCGCUUCUUUUGGUUCCGACCCUGUUUCUUCCGCUGAGGACAUUAAUGGGUUCGCACUCUUGAAGGAUAUUGAUCAGGAAGCUCUGAAGAAAUUGGUUUGCAGAAGCCAUGAAUCUAAGGUCUACAAAACGGAUAGGGAUGAAGAAGAUGGAGUUGAAGAAAGAGAUCAAAAGAAAGUCAAGUUGUCUACCUCUAGUUUGCAGCCAAAGUUGAAUCUCGUCCUUACAGCUUCCAACAUAAAGACCAAGUAUAAGGAUGCUACACUGUUACCUAAAUGGAAGGCAUUCCAGACGCUCAUAUUUCUUGAGCAGGAUGAUGGGCUACAUCAUUCAAGUAAAAUAGCUGCAUUUGAUUUUGAUGGCUGUCUGGCAAACACAUCUGUUAAGAGAGUAGGUGCAGAGGCGUGGUCUCUGAUGUAUCCUUCAAUACCACAAAAACUUCGGAGCUUGUACAAUGAUGGCUACAAGCUGGUAAUAUUUACGAAUGAAUCAAACAUUGAGAGAUGGAAGAACAAGAGACAGGUUGCUGUGGACUCCAAACUUGGGCGUCUCAAUAAUUUUAUCAGUCAAGUCAAUGUCCCGGUUCAGGUGUUUGUUGCUUGUGGAAUAGGAAGCGGAUCAGGUAAAUCCGAAGAAGACCCGUUUAGGAAACCGAAACCUGGGAUGUGGCACGUCAUGGAGGAGCACUUCAACGACGGCAUCCCUGUUAAUAUAGAUCAAUGUUUUUAUGUGGGGGAUGCAGCUGGGAGAGCCAAGGAUCACAGUGAUACUGAUCUCAAGUUUGCUCAGGCCAUUGGGUUGAAGUUUUAUGUUCCCGAAGAAUUUUUUGUUGAGUAAUUAUUUAAUCUCUUUCACCAGCCUAGAACAAGAACAUGGUUGUGCUUAGUAAUAGCCUUGUAAAUUGUAAUUAAUUACUUAAAAGGGAAGUUUACUUCUCUGGCAUUUGUCUCAGUACUUGAAAACUGACCAAUGCAGAAGCUGUAGUUGAUUGUGAUUCAGUGGAGGAUUUUAAAUUUAGGCCCUUCUUUUAGAACUAAAUUUAAAGACCUCUUUAUUGUUUUUUAAAUUGUACAUAUAUUUUUCGAAAUUUA